CUGAAUUCGUUGCAAAAGUUAGGGUUUUGGCAAUUCGAUCUCUCCACUUUACCUCCAUUUUUUUUAAAAUUACAAGCUUUAAGCUCAAGUUGGAAAUGGCGGUUGAUGGAAAUUCGUUCGAAGUCACUCCUGAGACAGAGAAAUUUCUUUGCGAGCGAUUAUUGGACCAAACGCAACCGAUUUCGGAGCGGUUCAGAGUCCUCUUCUCUCUCCGGAAUCUGCGAGGUCCUGCUCCUCGCAAUGCUUUAAUACUUGCAACAAGAGAUUCUUCGAAUCUGUUGGCACAUGAGGCUGCUUUUGCUUUGGGCCAAAUGCAAGAUGCCGAUGCUAUUCCUGCUUUGAAGCUUGUUCUCAAUGAUCUUUCUUUGCAUCCUAUCGUACGUCAUGAGGCUGCAGAAGCUCUUGGUGCUAUAGGUUUAGAGAGUAAUAUUCCUCUUCUGAAGGACAGUUUGGAUUCAGAUCCGGCACAAGAGGUUAGGGAGACAUGUGAAUUAGCUCUUUCUCGAAUUCAGGAGCUGAAGAAUGCUGGUGAUAAUCAUCAAUCAUCCACAACAGCGGCGUCGCCAUUUCUGUCUGUUGAUCCAGCUGCACCUGCUUCUUGCUCUUCUGUACAUAAAUUAAGGGAAGUCAUUUUAAAUGAAGAAAAGGGUAUGUAUGAGAGAUAUGGAGCUCUUUUUGGACUACGAAAUCAUGGAGGUGAUGAAGCAGUUGCUGCCGUAAUAGAAUCUUUAAAUGCAAAAAGUGCUUUAUUACGACAUGAGGUUGCGUAUGUCUUGGGGCAGUUGCAAAACAAAUCUGCUUCAGAUGCACUCUCGAGGAUACUUAAAGAUGUGAAUGAGCAUCCUAUGGUUAGACAUGAAGCUGCUGAGGCUCUGGGUUCUAUUGCAGAUGACCAAUGUAUCUCUCUACUUGAAGAAUUUUCCAAGGACCCAGAGCCCAUUGUUUCACAGAGCUGUGAAGUUGCUCUAAGCAUGCUGGAUUUUGAACGAUCCGGCAAAUCAUUUGAGUACCUCUUUAUGCAGGCACCUCAAUUACAGGAGGCAACAUGAUGGUUUCAACUUCUCAUUGUGUUUUUCUGCCAUUUCUCUGAGCUAUUUGUGGGCUUGACCCUGAUGAUUGGUGAUACCUUCAUUCUUGUAAAGCAAAUAUCGCGCAUACCCGACUUGAAUGUGUAUUAUGAUCAUAUAACUUUAUAAAUGUAGGGUUCUCGAGAGUAUGAUAAUUUACUACGCGGUAGACCCCCUACCGAAUGCUUAGAAAGUUGAAUCUUUUUUUCGGUACGCAUGCAACUUGAUUACUCGGAUAUUUUAGGUGUAAAUGACAUACAUUUUUCUUUUCGGGAUAAUUUUAUAGAAUAUAAUCUAUAGUUGGUUU